ACCCUAAAAUUAAAAUGUCACUAAUGUCAGUCAGUGUCACUCACUGAAUGAUCUUGUAGAAAAUGAAUAUGGAAGUGAGUUCUUGUUGUUAAUAUCUCGUCAACAUGUCUUCAAAAUGUGAUAGAUUAUAAGUUUGUGUUUUUUCAAAGUGUGUUAUCAACGUUAUUUAAAAUGGCAUCUGCUCCAUUGCCCACUAAACCUCCUCGGGGUGUUAAAAACCCGAAGGAAACGAGUGGAAACUUCUUGAUGACAGUUAUUAGGACAUUGUCUACAAGCGAGUCAAAUGAACAAAGAGAUAGAGAAAAGGCCAAGUUGGAGAAGGAUUACCAGAAGUGUGAUAAAGAGUUGGAUGAACUCAUCUCCCAACAUGAUGGAGAUUUGGCUCAGGUUAUGCAGACAUUCGGCAGAGUAUCUUUGUUGGUGAACACUUCUCGUGAGAGGAUCAGCAAUGUGAAAGAGAAUCUGCUCGCUUGCAAGACUCUCCUCAGCUGUAGAAGGGAUGAACUCAAGAAGCUGUGGUUGGAGGGUAUUGAACACAAGCACACCCUGCAGCUGCUGGAGGAGAUAAGCCAACUAAAAGAAGUUCCUUCACAACUUUCCGCUCACCUCAGCAAAAAACAUUAUCUUCAUGCAACACAGAUACUUGUAUCAGCAUUGGCCCUUGGUGGAUCUACCCUAGAAGAUGUUGAAGCUUUAAAAGAACUUCGCACUCAACUUGAAGUCAGCAAACAGCAACUAUAUGCCAAACUCUUAGAAGAACUAACGAGACAUAUCUAUGUGGAAUCAACCCAAGACAUCCUCACUUCUCGUCUGCUGCGGCAAGGCUCAACAAGGGACAGAGAAUUGACUCCAAGUCCAUUUGACAGAUCCAGAAGAGAACUGACUCCUGGUGCAAUCAACUUAAGAGAGUCCUUCAGAUCAAAGAAGCGACUGGACUUUUCAAAUGGUGUAAAGGAUAAAACUACGCCAGCAAAAGUUACAGAAGACACAGACCUUAUGAACCCAGAAGAGGACAGUGAACACUUCAUGUCAAUACUUGUGGAGUGUCUGGGACUUCUCGGCAAGUUGAACCAAGCUGUGGAGAGUCUGAAGGUAGAGAUGCAAACAGAGUUGCUGAGGCUGGUAGAACGUACAACCAAGUCCCUGACUGGCAGUGAGGCGCAGUCUCCUCUAGUAGAGCUGCUGGCUCUCUUGAUGGAGCAGUUCCGAGCCAUCGUAGCAGCUCACCAGGUGGUGCUAGAGCAGAUCAGAAGGUCCGCUGCUACACACAGGACCAGCGUCAGUCUGUAUGAUCUGCCAGAUGUUUGGGCCAGGAUACAGGCUGUGAUGCAACUAAUACUGACUGACUACCUAGACAUCCAGAACACCAUGGGUGAGACUCACCAAGUUCCCUCUGCAUUCUCAGACCAGUCUUCCAACAUAUCCUCCUACUUUGCACGAAGAAGACAGGCUUCCAGAUCCAGAAGAACUCAUCUUUUUAAAUUUGAAAACUCAUCACACGCUUUAACAAUGACAAGUUUGAUGAAAGAUGUUCCCUCUUCGUUAUCUGGCUUUAAGAGGCUGGGAGAUACCUCACAAAGAGAGAAGGUACUUGUGUGUCAACCAGACCCCAACAAUAUCACUUUGAUCUUCAUCCCUCUUAGUAAGUUCCUGGAAGAGAUAGAGCAAGUUAUGGGAUGCUCAUCAGGUAAUCCAUGCACUUUGAAUGCCUUCAUUUCUGACUACAUUAAGGACACUUUUGUGCGAAGACAGCAUGUCAAGAUGGCUGCAAGGGUGGAAUCUGCAACAAAAUGCCAAGAGGCUUGGAAGACACCCAUCACGCCAGAAAAGGCUGCAGAAUUAGAACUACCUCGACCACUACUACAUAGCACGAUGCUGGUAGAGGAAGGCAUGCAGGAGAUGAAGGCACUGAUGGAGGCACUGCCGUGGCACGCAGGUGCACUGCUGGGAGUGACAGUAAAUGUGAUCCAUGGCUACAGAGAGACAUGCCAGGCAGCAUACAGAGGCAUUGUACAGCCUCACCCUGAGGACAAGAGAGUCUGCAGUGCCGCCUGGCUCAAUGAUGAAGACAUCAGCCGCUUCCUCAAGUCUCUGCCAAACUGGACAAACCUAAAAACCCAAAAAGCACUUCAAUCUCGAAAGUCAAUGAAGAGAGACGACACUGUAGAAGAAGAAAGUCCUGAAGAUGUGCGCCAAAGAAACAUCAAAGAGGCAGAAAUACUGGCCAGUAACUUGGGUGAAGGAGGUAUCAAUAGUCACGAAAUUAUAUCAGAUGUGGCUCAACUCAAGUGCCUCGCAUUGCUGCAGGAAAGCAUGGAGUGGUUUUCAUGGAGGAUCCUACAGUUCACCAGCCAGCUCCACCAGAGUAGACAGUCUCGCCAGUUGUCCCCUAGUGUGCCCAGCAUCUCAGUGAGCAGUGCAGACAUCCCAGCCGUACCUGAGGGAACUCUCAUUGCUCUGGAGAACCUCGCCCAUGAGUUUGAGGAGCUCGCCAACACUUGUCUGUUGGUACUUCAUCUUGAGGUGAGAGUGCAGUGCUUUUACUACCUGUUGCCUAGAGCCAGUGAAAGGUUCAACUCUAGCUCUCAAGACCCAGAUCCUCGAGUGAUAGAACUGAGCAGAGUGCUUGCGUCUGUAGAUGAGGCUAUGACCUCUAGUCUUCAGCCUCGCAAGUCUAAGUACGUUUUUGAAGGGUUGGGUCAUCUAGUAGCCAAAAUCCUGAUGAGUUCGUCCCAGUAUUUAGAGAUGAUAGAUGACAAUGGAAUUCACAGAAUGUGUCGGAACAUCUUCAUUCUACAACAGACUCUUGCAAACAUAACAAUGUCAAGAGAAGUGGCCCUGGACCACGCUAACCAAUACUUCCAGCUCUUCCACCUCACACCAGAGGAUAUCCUGAACCAGGUGUUAGAGACUGGGCCUCAAUUCUCGGAGCUGGAGUACAUGAAUGCGUUGCAGCUGAUCCAUCGCAGUCGACCUCAGAGUGACCUUCAGCGCCAUCUACAGCGUCUGUCAGACAUCCUAGGAGAGGUGGGGGUGACUGUCUGAUACUAUCUUUCCACCAACAACAACUGUGAUCACCUCACUUGUAAAAGACAUUCUAACACAGGUAUACAUUGUAGUUUGGUUAUCAGUUUAUCACAUAAGUUCCUGUUACCUACAUAUUUUAUAGAUUGCUUUAUAGCUAUAGAAUGUUAGAAAUAUUUUAAAAGUAACUAGUUUUUAAUUUAAAGUUUUAAUAUAUACCUUCUGUUUUUUCUUAGUACAUAAUUAUAUGAACAGUAUUUACUAGUUUGCUGAGAUUAUUAUGAUGCAUAACGUUGACAAUUUCUCCAACUCCAUAUGCAAAAUAAGAAAAGUAUUAUAUUUAAAGCUCAAAAAUGGUUAUUUUAUAUUAUGCUACACUGCUACAGUACUAAAGUUUCAAAAGGUGAUAGAUUGUCAAAUUAUCUGGGCAUAACUUAACCACAGCCUUGAACACACAUGAACAUUAACAACAGUUCUUAAGUAGCAUCAGAUUUACUAUGGGAUCUCUAUGACAUGUGUUACAUCGUUACAUCCUCCUUGAUGGUAAGCUUAAGUUGUGUCUGUGGCCGUUUGAUGAUUUAAUAUGCAAAUUUGUAUUCCUUUCAAAGCAUAGGCAGAGUGUCCAGAGGACGUAGAAAUAGCAAAAACCAGGAACUGAACAGGAAUUUUGUAAAGAACCGGGAAAUUAUAAUUUUUUAAAAAUAGCCAAAAAUCCGCCCAAAAUUGCAAUUGUGAGAAACUAUCACGAAUAACGGAGGUUGCUGCAAUUGCAAGAAAUGAUCAUGACUGUAGCCUCAAUCACACACACGAUGAUUUACAUCGUUAAUUUUGCUCAGAUUCAAAGAUGAUAACAGAUAUUGCCACCAUAAAUAAAAAAAGUCACGUGUGUAGAGAUAAUCACAGGAGAUGAUCACUAGAAAUCAACACGUGUUAUGUCUUGAUUGCGAGAAACUAUCACUGAUUUUGCUGCGAUCAUGUAAUUCAAAUACAACGUUACUGCAAUUCUGGCGUUUCUGUGAUUGCAAGUAAUGAUCACAACCGUUGCCAAUAUGAUGAAAAAUCAUUUUGAAUUUCGCUCCCAUUGCAACUUACAGAUCACAAAAAAUGCUUUAUUGGUGAUCACAAAAAAAAGGAGAAAAAAAAUGCUGGAGACGAUAGUGGGUGUCGUCGCGAUGUUUUCACGAUCUUGGUGUAUUAUCUUGGUUAUUGCCGCGUAAAAAGUAAUCAAAGGGUUUUACAUGAUGACCGGAACAAAAAACUUAGGUUGUCACAACGCCUAGAACCUACAUUUCAAAACGCCGUAAAUCAUCAGAAAUUUUGCAGCUAGGCCUAUUUCAACAUAUGAUCGUGGAUAGGCCUAACCAAUAUCGCGAGAAACCAUCACUGAUGUUGCUGCGAUGGCGGGAAAUUAUCAAAAGAUAUUGCCACGAUCACAAGAAAUCAUCACAAAUUUUGCUGUGAUUGAAGGACAUGAUCACUGAUGUGGUUGCAAUUGGGAUCGCAAGAAAUUGUUAUGCAAUUCACUGAAGGGUUUUUAAUGUACUAUCAGGUGUAAAGAAGUAGGAUAGGCUUAUUUUGAGUGGCAAGUUUUGUCUUGGAUAUUUUUGGAUUUUUAACCUGGAAAACCUGGAAUUGUCCUUGGAUUUUAUUUUAUUGGGACGCUAGACACCCUGAUUGGUGUAUCUGCAUGUAAUUUACCAAUAUAUUCACCUACAGAUUAAAACUUACAUCCAAUAAAGAUUUUAAUAAAACUAUGCACUAGCUCAGGUAAAAAAGUAUUUUCUAUGAAAGGAACAUGGAGUUUGAAAAUAAUGUAUUUACAGGUCAGACUUAACACACUCAAUUUUUAUACCUUAUACCCAACUCAAAUUAUUUUUAAAUUAUAUGCCGUGUUGUUUUAAAUGUUUAUUAUUUCAUAUUUAAAAUUAGAAGCAUAUAAAUACUGGUAAUAGAAAAUGUAAUGGAAUAAAGUACAAUAAUAAAUGCUACUCAUAUGAGUACAUAAUUGCUACUCCAUUUACUAAAAACAGAAGAGAAGCAAGUUAUUGCGUUAAAUACAAAACAUAAAAUUUUUUGUAAAAAGUAUUGGUAAUGUAAGGCUAGAUGCAUAUAAAGUGAAAUGCUGUUAAAGCUGGUUUUACAGUUAUAGUCUCAAAGUUUCUGGAUAAAUUCUUAGCAUUUUAAAUUUAAUUCAUAUCCAACCAAAUUUUAUUUAGUCUUUAAAAUAUUAUUUUUGUUUUCAUAAUUUGACUGGUAGGAAUGUUUUAACUUAACUAUAAAAAUGAAUAUUUAUAGUUUAAUUUAUGUGUGCCUUAUGCAUGUAUGUCCUAGAGUGAAUAUUUAUUAGAUAGAAGUAUUUUUUGAAUAUUAUAUUGUUUUAUGGUAUUUUUUAUUUGAGUUACUGAAAUUAUCGAUCUGCGUUGUACAUAUUAUAGCUAAGGAACCAAAGCAUCUCCAACAAUACCACCCUUAAGGUGUACAUUUACUUAUCACAUGUAUAGUAUUUUGUUGACCCAGUUUAAUGUAGGCAUUGUUGAUUUAUAAUGACAAUAUAGUAGAGUCUUGACUGUGUGAUCUUUGAUUAUCCGACCCUUCUUUUGCACAGUAGAUUAAUCAAGUACUAGUGUACAUGUUGCUCGAAUUCGAGCAAUUGCAAAGUAUUACAGGAGUUUUAAAACACGAAUAACAGUCAUAUUUACAAUGAGUUUAUAAGAGUCAACUCAAAGAUUACCGGUGUGUAACUCAGACCAUGUUUAUCUUUGUUAUUGAUAAACCUAAAGCAUUCCAGCCGGUUUUCUCCUUCUCAAAAUGCCUCGCUGUACAGGCAACACAGGUCAUUGAUAGAGGGCCAAUUGACAACGAAAAGUCUUUUUGGGGUAGUGUUAGGGCGCAUUUGUAACCUAAUAGUUGAGAUUGUCCAGGGUCAGGUGCUGACUGUGAUGAGUUAAGCCUAUUAUCACAGAAAACAUACUACUAUGGUAUGUUUUGUGUGGUAUUACGCGCCACUGUUCUGUAGCUGCGGUCGUUAUCACGAUUACGCCUCCUGUCUAUGUUUCGUUGUCGUCGCGUCGGAGGGAUUUAAAAGAAAAAAAAACAGCAAAUAAACAAAUUAUAGCUACACAAAACAACUAUAAACGCACACAUUUAAGUUACAAUCAUGUUAACACGAUCCGUCAUAGCGACACAAAACAACGAUAAAUACACAAAUUUGAGAUACAACCAUAGGCUACUAACAUGAUCCGUCUUGGGGGUUAUGUUUACACAAUCUCAAAUAGUAAAUAAAUGUACCCAAUGCGUUUCAUUGAAUUGAAAAAUAAAUGACAGCAAUUAAAUUAUACAGCUGAUCAAAAUGUAAACAAUUAUGUUCUCAAUAAGGAUAACAUGGGAACUUUCAAAGCCACUGGGGCAGAGCCCAAGGGACGUUUUCAAAAAUGUAAGGUCAGUUUGCAAAUCUACGCGACACGCUCUUUCCAAUGAGACGUCAAUGGAUAAAAUCGGUUAAGAAAUGGCGGAGGAGUUCAACCGACAAAGUUUCAUGUCGCGUAUUAAUUAUAUAGAUAGGAGUCUGCGGUACAGAAAAUUUUAGGUUGGUACGGUACAAUAUUUUGUACCUCUGUUCUCGGUGCAAAGUCGUUAUGGUGCAUGCUACCAAUUUGUUUGGCCCUUUUAUUCUCAGGAUUGUAUAUAAACCAUUAUUUUAAAUUUUAAUACAUUGACAUUACUAUGAAAAUUGAUAGUAUCCUACAAUCUUGGUUUUCUAACAACAAUUACAGUACUACUUAUUAUUCAAACCUCUUACUCCCAACAGGAUUGUGUCAAGAAAGAAACACUUUUAAGAUAAAGGCUUUACCUAUUUUACUACUAAGUCAUAGUCAUUAUAAAGAGGUUUAAAAAUAAGGUUAAGAAAUUUUAGGAAUAAACUUAAAACUUGUUUGUAGCAAACAUUUGGCAAGAUAAUUUAACAGAACUGAACUGGUUACUUUAUUCCAAAUAAUAAAAAAACUAGGUGUGUAAUUUAAAUUAAACCUAAUUUAACUUAGGCCUAGUUUAAUUAGAAAACGUAUCCAAUGCAUUCAGUACAAGGACUGUAGUUGCCAGCUGUUCACAUUUAACAGAUGACAAUGAAAGACUUGUUAGUGGAGGUUAGGCCUAUUAUGAAGUAAAGUCAAAGAGGAAAAAUACCAAACAUCAAAACCUAUAUAGUCUAGGCCUAUAGUAAUAUUAAUUGCAAAUGUUCCACAACUUCUACAAUAAUACCUUCUGGUUAUAAACUUAUAGCGUGUUAUUAAAAAAAGUAUUGAAAACAAUAUUAUAUUUUAAUUUAAUACAGCGGUAUUACAUGUAAAGAAAGAGAAUUAUAACAUAAGGGAUAACAAUGGAUUAUAAAAUUGUAACAUUGUAUACGGUAAUUGGAUUAUAACAAAAUGGGACACUCCCUCCUGAGGAGCAUAUUUAAUCUAUGCUGAAGACUGUGCAGUGAAGUUCUUUAGGCAGGCUACUGAGUUAGUGUUGUAUAAAUUGCCAUCACUGCAAAUUGAUCCCCAGUUUUAUUUAAAUUUAUCCGCUGUCUUACAAUGUUUGACAAUGAUUUAAUUCAUGUACAAACUAAAAUAUCAAAAAUAUAUAAUGAAAUAGCAUAGGUACAUAAUAAUAAUAUAAAUGUAUUUAUUAUUUAAUAUUUCUUUGUCCUUAGUAACCAAAAACCACUUUUGCUUACAUUGUGUAAAUCCAUUGUGUAAUCUAGCUUAUCUCAUUAGUUUUACUGUUUGACUUAAGAACAACUAUUUUGUACUACGAUAGUGAAUUGAAAGUAAUGAUUAUUAUUUGAUGUACCGAACCAAAUUUGUUCCGAGUGAAAUGCUUUGCUGAACCGAUGGGGGUAAUAAGGCCAGGUACCUACUAUUUCAGUGCCCCGCAGACCCCUGGAACCACAUCUAUUUUCAUGUGGUAUGACUGUAGUGAGUGCAUUGAGUCAUUUAUCCCCACACUGCCCCAAACUGUACAUGGUAGAUCAUCAUAAUUCAAACUUGGCUGCAAUUUUCCUGUUUUUAUACAAGCUGCAUACCACCAUGGA